CACAUUCUGUGGUUGAGUGCGCUGAAAAGUAAAGCAUUAGUAUUAUUUAAAGCGCAAAGAAAAUAAGAUGAUAACAGCAUGCAUGUAAAAACUCCCAAAAGGUGCUUUUGAUCACUGAUAUACAGUUUGAAAGUUAGAAAAUAGUUUUAAGCUGUGGUGGUAUUAUCUUCCCAGUGUUUUCUUAAACAUACUGUGCAAAUCAGCUUCUAGGUUUACCUUGCUUUGAACAUGUUUUGUCUUGACUGUAGAAAUAAUUUGAAGUUGACUGACAGUGAAGCUGCAAGUCAUUUUAAAAACUUAAAUUGCACACUGCUAAUGCUAGAAAAGCAAAGAAAGUGCUCGCCAACAGCGAUAAUGUCUCUGCUGGAGUACUAGAGCACUGCGAUACUGCAACAGGGACAUUUUAUGGGAUUUCAUCGCUGUGUACAGUAACUGUGGGUCCUUCACAAACCCUAAGAGACAACAAAGUUGACCUGCCAAGUACAGCCAAACAGACGCCCGGGAGUCUGCUCAAGGUCUCUCCAACCACACAGCCUACUCCUUUUCCAACUUAGACUCAGUCUGAAAAAGAGAGAGUUGAGGUAAAGAGAGAAACAUGAGAGCAGGGCCCGACCUCUUCAGUUUACAGUGAUUCACUCAGGAACGUGAUGACUUUUUGACUGCGUAGUUUUCAUUCUAAACUUUUCCUGUCCCUUGUUGUUGUGGCCAAAAUAACCAUGCCAUUAAAAGUUCUUUUAUUUUUCAAGAUUACUCUGAAGUGAGUGGAGUAAUGACAGGGCUUUUUUUGUUUUCAGAAAUUGGUAAACAGGAUAUUGAGGUUGUUCACUAAACAAUCUGUUUUUCUCUUUCCACGUCUGGCUCUUAACAAUAAAAUUGGUUUGUUCACUGCAAGCGGACAGAGCAUCUACGGAACAAUGCAUGGUUGCUUUCUCUGUGUGUCACUGUUCCUGUCCCUGAUCCUCUCCAUUGUCAAAACAGGCGACACAUCCCAACAUGAGGACAUACUAUUUUUGUACUGACACAGCCAAAGAGAUGGAAUCAUGGAUGAAAGCGAUGACAGAUGCUGCGCUUGUGCACGCAGAGCCAGUCAUAAGGUUGGAUAGGCUAAAAGUAGAACAGUGUGGACCACAAGAGAUCAACCAUGUGGCCAACAACAGGCCACCACUCACACAGCCUGAAAUCCAGAACAAUGAACGCAACCGUGAGGUGGACCGUGAGCACAUUGCAGCAGCCCCCACCACCACCACCACCGCUACCACCACCACCACAGAAGAAGAGAGGAAGCAGCGAGACGCCGAGCGUUACGGCUUCCAGAAGGAUGGGGCAGAGCGGGAGCGUCCGCUCACCAAAAUCAACAGUAUUAAACUUCAGCCAGCCCAGGCAGCGGCCGUCAAAGCUAGCAUCGCCACGCCACAGACCCAAACAGAAACGGAUGGGUCACACCGCAGCCCCCAGGUCAAUGGAUCUGGCGAACAGUGUCCAUCUAAUGGGACCGAAGUCCCCACUCAACGAAGUCCCAACCAGGAGCCAGAGCGCGCCCUGAGCAGGACCAGCUCUAUGCAGCAACUGGAGCAGUGGGUCCGCACACAAAGAGGACGCAACCAGGAUGACGACACCAGGAGCAUUACAUCAUACCAGACACUGCCCAGAAACAUGCCAAGCCAUCGGGUACCCUACAUGCCUCAUUACGGCGACGGCUACUGCAGUAUGCCCCGGAAUAGCAUGGCACAGCGCGACAGCAUCUGCAGCAUGUCGCCGUCGUUGUAUGACCAGGCUCUCGGCCCCUCACCGGGUGACAAACGCCGCUCCAUGCGCGACGACACCAUGUGGCAGUUGUUUGAGUGGCAGCAGAGGCAGGCCUACACCAGACAGCCGGGGCUUUACAGCAACAUGGCCAGUCCCAAAACCAUGAUCAACCUGUCGGAUCACACCGCACCGAGCCACUCCAUCCCUCCCUCGCCCUCCCACGGCUCCCUGUCGAUGUACGGUGGCUACUCUCCAAUGCGAUCCUAUAACAUGAACAGUGCUCGUUCAGAGGUGUCCUCCCCCAUCUACAGAAGAGACUUGAGUAUUGACAGACGGCACAGGCCACAACCAAACAAGUACGUCUAUCCACCUGAUAGGCGGUCUAUGCCUGCAGGGAUCCCAGUCCAGACCAUCACUUCCCAGUCUCUCCAAGGCAAAACACCUGAGGAACUGACUCUGCUGCUGAUAAAGCUGCGGCGGCAGCAGGCAGAGCUAAACAGUAUCCGGGAGCACACUGUAGCACAGCUUAUGCAACUAAACAUGGAUGACGACAACCCAAAGAACGACAUUCUCUCCCAUCACCUCCAAAGGAACCUCAUGUAUUUGGACAAUCAGAUGAAGGAAAAUGAUCCUUUAAUCGUCAUGACUCACACUUUGAUUGAGAACUCUGCCCCAAGGCCUCAACUUUACCAGCAAAUGGGUCCAGAAGACUACAGGGAACACGCCUACACAUGUAGGCCAGAGGAGGUGGACAUUGAUACCAAACUAAGCAGAUUGUGUGAGCAGGAUAAAGUGGUGAGGAGCCAGGAGGAAAAACUUCAGCAGCUGUACAGAGAGAAGCACACCCUGGAGACAGCACUGCUGUCAGCCAGCCAGGAGAUAGAGAUGGGCUCUGAUAACCCCGCUGCCAUGCAGAGUGUCAUCCAGCAGAGAGACUUACUGCAGAGCGGCCUGCUCAGCACCUGCAGAGAGCUUUCCAGAGUCACAGCUGAGCUGGAGCGGUCGUGGAGGGAAUACGACAAGCUGGAAGGAGAUGUGACUCUGGCUAAGAACAACCUACUGGAGCAGCUUGAAGCACUGGGAAGCCCACAGACUGAGCCUCCCAGCCAGCAGCACGUCCGCAUCCAGAAAGAACUUUGGAGGAUUCAGGAUGUGAUGGAGGCCCUCAACAAACAUAAAGCUCAGAGAAAUGCUGUUGACGGCAUGAACUCCUAUGGGCCCCUCAGCAAGCACAGAAAUGAGGAGGAGGACUCGGUACCACCACGGCCACCCUUACCACAGUCCUACGAGCCCAACCCCCCCACCGUGCCCCCUCUGCCCUCACAAGCCGGUGUGCGUCCUUCAUCACUCCACAGGCCGGAGGACAGGAAGACGAAUCACAGGAAUGGAACACACAGCGGCCCAGACUACAGGCUUUAUAAGAGUGAACCAGAGCUUACUACAGUGACCGAAGUGGAUGAGGGCAAUGGAGAGGACAGAUCUGAACACCCGUCUGAACAUUCUGCAAACAAAGGGAUGUCCUACCCAGUUGGCAUAGUCCCACCAAGGACCAAAUCUCCAGUGCCUGACUCUUCCUCCAUAGCUUCAUACGUCACCUUAAGGAAGAGCAAGAAGCCUGACCUCAGGACGGAACGUCCACGCAGUGCGGUGGAGCAGCAGCUGUGUGCUGGGGAGAGUGGCAGGCCCAGAAUGAGCGUGGAGGAGCAGCUGGAGAGGAUCCGACGCCACCAGCAGGGUGCCCUCAGGGAGAAAAAGAAAGGCCUCAGCAUCCGGGGUGGCAGCCAGGAAAACACGCCCUCCCGCAGUCACUCGUUUACUAAAGAAAACCAUUUUCGCAGCAUGCAGUCUCAAAUGAGGCGCAGAGAUGAGGUGAUUAGCAGUGACAUCCAGGAGCUGGAGGCCUCGCUCAGGCAACAGGAGGUGGUGAGGGAGCAGGAGACGCCUGCCGAGGAGAUCGCGCGUCUCAAAGAAGCCUCGCAGGCUGACCACUUAAAUAUGGACCGAGAGCUUUCUGUGCCUGACAAAGUGCUGAUUCCUGAGCGUUACGUGGAGUCCGAUCCCGAGGAGGCUCUGAGCCCUGAGCAGGAAGCUGACAAGCAGAGGAAAGUUGAUCGUAUCCGAGCCCUCAUAGCCAAAAACAGCAUGCAGAAUGCGCUGCCUAGUGUGGCUCUUAGCCCAGAGGAGGAGACUGAAGAGGAGGUUACCAUACAGGAGAAAGAAAAGAUGAUUAAUAUCUCCUACGAGCUGGCAGCUGAGGCCUCCAAACGCAGCAAGCUGGUAGCAGUGAAGAGCCCGUCGUCCUCUUCCCCACCCCUUCCACAGUCUCCUAACUCACCCCCUCAACUCACUGACGGGUCUCACUUCAUGUGUGUGUAAUAGCACCACACAAGCUCUGGCCUCAGUGAAAACCUAUACAUGAAGGAAACAGCGGUGGAGGUAUAAAGAAGCCUCAGAAGACUUCCCCCAAGGACAUCAGCACAAGGCCACGGCCUACAGAGAGAGAAACUGCCCACUCCGUACUCUAACCUCUGACUUCUGUAUGCUCACUGUGACGUCUUAAGCUCCUAUGCCACCGACAACACUUUUUUUUCCCUGUGUGACAUUUCUCUGUUACUGCCUUUCUGUGGGGCCCCCACACUCUCCCUCAACCUAGUGAGACAAUACAGCUUUGAUACCAUUGGUGUUGCAGUUCCAUUUUCAGUUUUUACAAGGCUUUUACGGUUGUUUUUAUUAUUUAAAUGGUUUUAUUAGGCUCUCAUUUGAAUAUGGGCCAACGUCUAUCUGUAUGCAUACAGUAUAUAUGAGGCUAAUAGCUCUAUUGUGAGCCCUAAGGUCCUGUGACAAAAUGUUUUGGGCCUUGCCACAGUUUGCAUUUAUGUUUCAGCACCUGUCUGAAAAGGUUUCAAGAACACACAGUUUCACAUAAAUCUAGUUCCGUUAAAUCUUUUAUAAGUUACACAAUUAGUUUUUCAGACAUCGUUCAUUGGCUAACCAUUCAUAUUUAUCAAUUUAUUUGUUGAUAUGAAAGAUGGGCAUAUAAGAGAUGUAGAUCCCUCCAUUAUAUUGAAAGGAGGGGCCACUUUAUUGCUGCAGAUGAAGAUUAUUUGUGAUUUCUCCUGUUGUAAUUAUUUAAAAUCGGGAUCUUCUGCAGUCCCUGUCGCAUUGUUGCCGACACAUAUGUGAAUGUUAAGGCUUUAGUCACUCUAUACUGUCUUUUUUUUAUUGCUGAGAUAUAUAUUUAAACUGAGAGAAGGAAAAAAAUAGUUUGGUUCUAUUUUAUGAUAUGUUGGUUUGAAGUCUUGGAAGUAUAAGAAGAAAAAAAACAACGAUUUAGCACAUGUAAAAAGCAAUAAUAAAAAUAAAACGUUUGUGAAUCCAGGAUUUUUUUUUGUGUGUGUGCGUGUACAAAAUGUAAUUAUAAGAGGUUUACUGUGUAUAUAAUGUACAUGGUAGAGCAGGAUGGGAGGAUGUAUCCAACAUAUGGUUACAAACUAGAUUUGAUUUGCAAAUGUUCAUAUUCCAUCUGUUUUAUAUCAUGUUAAAUAAAUGUUGCUGUUCUUAA